AUGCCAGCCAGAACGCAAGACCUGCCCACCCAUACCAGGGAUUUGUCCAGCUCCACCACUGCAUCUCCCGUUGCAGGGACAUCAAAAUGUCUGCCUACCAGCAUUCCGGGAGAGACGUUUUGGCAAACAUCGCAGCACCGCCUUCACAAUCACCGAUCCACCGAAGAGCUUCUAGAGCAUAGCGACAUUGUCAUUAUCGGUGCCGGAUAUGCCGGUGUCGCGACAGCCUAUCAUUUGAUCAAAGACUAUGCCGACUCCAACAAGUCCAUCACCAUACUCGAAGCCCGCGGAGCUUGCUCGGGAGCCACGGGUCGAAACGGCGGCCAUGCAAGGCCAGACUUUUACGGCCAUAUCCCUACAUAUAUGGAUCGCGCGGGUACACAGGCUGGAGCAGAGAUUGCAGAAUUUGAGAUUCAAAAUCUACGCGCCUUGAAGAAGACUGUCGAGCAGGAGAAGAUUGAUUGCGAUUUCACCUUGACCCGGUCCAUUGAUGUCUGGUGUAAUGCAGAUGCGGCCAAAAAGGCCAAAGCUGUGUAUGACAGAAUGACUGCCGAAGGUCUGGAGUACAUGGAGGAUGUCGCUUUUUACACGGGUGAUAAUGUGGAGGGUAUUUGUGGCGUGAAAGAUGCCAAGGCCUGUGCGAGUUUUACUGCUGGCACCAUGUGGCCCUACAAAUUCAUCAUGCAUCUGGUGGAAUUGAUUGUUGACGCUGGUGUGAACCUGCAAACCAACACCCCCGUUACUUCAGUAAGCGCCGACGCGCAGGGCGGUUUCGUCGUCGAGACCCCUCGGGGCAAGAUGCACGCUGGCAAAGUCGUCUACGCCAACAAUGCGUACGUCUCCGGUCUCCUCCCACAAUACAAGAAGAAUAUUGUCCCAUGCAAGGGCAUCUGCUGUCGCAUCACCGUGCCAGAGGGUGUAACGGCCCCUCUUCUCAACAACUCCUAUAUCAACCGUACAGAGGACAAUGUUCUCUCCUACCUCAUUCCACGGGCCGACGGCAGCAUUGUCGUCGGAGGAGCUGCUGCUAUCUUCCGAAAGCACGAGGAUCAAUGGUACGACAACGUGGACGACAGUGUUCUCAUUGAUUCUGCAAAGGACUACUACAAUGAUUACAUGCAAAAGACCUAUCGCGGAUGGGAAGACUCCGGAGCCAAGAUCGACAAAAUCUGGACGGGUGUGAUGGGAUACUCAUAUGACUCAAACCCCCACAUCGGCACGGUCCCCGGAGGGGAUGACCAGUACAUUCUGGCAGGAUUCAAUGGUCACGGCAUGCCGGUCAUUUGGCUGUCAGCCAAGGAACUUGCGCGGAUGAUUGUCGAUGAUAUUCCAUUUGAGCAGACAGCUAUGCCUCGGCUGUUCCAGACGUCUCAAUACCGCAUUGAUCGAGCUUUGAGCGGGAAGACCGAAGACGGGGACAUUCUGGGAUCUGGGAAAUUUGCUGCUACGAAGCCCUAG